AUGGCGGGCAAUGUCGCUCCGACAAGAGGACUCCGGCAGGGCGAUCCCUUGUCCCCUUAUCUCUUUAUUCUGUGUACCGAGGUAUUAUCUGGCUUAUGCAACAAGGCACAAGAACAUGGAGAGCUAACGGGCGUUAAGGUAGCUCGCGGAAACCCCCCGAUCAACCAUCUAUUGUUCGCCGACGAUACCAUGUUCUUCUGCAGAUCGGACCGGGCUAGCUGUGAGACACUCGUGAAGAUCCUUAACCGGUAUGAGCUAGCCUCGGGUCAGUGCAUAAACCGUGAUAAGUCAACCAUCACCUUCUCGUCAAAAACACUACCGUCAACAAAGCACAACGUUAAGACGACCUUGGGGAUUGGACAGAAAGGCGGUAUUGGCAAAUACCUUGGGUUACCGGAGCACUUUGGAAGGAAGAAGAGAGACAUCUUCUCCUCUAUUGUUGAUCGUAUCAGACAAAAAGCCCACGGGUGGACCAAUCGAUUCCUCUCGGGAGCGGGAAAGUUGGUUCUUCUAAAAACUGUGUUGACAGCCAUGCCAGCUUAUACUAUGUCAUGCUUUAAGCUGCCGGUAUCGUUGUGUAAACAGAUCCAAUCGGUGCUGACACGCUUCUGGUGGGACCUUAAGCCGGAACACAAACGACUAUGCUGGGUUUCUUGGGAUAAACUCACCUUGCCCAAGUCAGUGGGAGGACUCGGGUUUAGAGAUAUCGAGCACUUCAAUGAUGCGUUAUUGGCUAAGUUAGCGUGGCGGCUUUUGAAAAACCCAGCCUCCCUGUUGGGAAAGACCUUGCUCGGGAAAUACUGCCAUUCCUCAAGCCUCCUUGAUUGUCCCACAAGUGGAGCUAUGUCUCACGGCUGGCGUGGUAUAUUGGCAGGCCGAGAAGUUCUAAAGCUAGGUGCUGGAUGGGCCAUAGGAGAUGGGAAAGAAGUUAAUCUUUGGGAGGAGAACUGGCUAUCAACAUCAGAUAUGCAGCGCCCGAUCGGUCCUCCUCCCUUUGACGCUCAAGAACUAACGGUUCACGACCUCUUACACCAUGACUCGGGUGAUUGGAACUUGGAAGCUAUCCGAUCUCACUUACCGCAGUAUGAGGAGACGAUUCGCCUGAUUCACCCAAGAUCAUACAAUAUGGAAGAUGCUCUUGUCUGGCUACCUGGUAAGACAGGAAGCUACACAACAAAGGCUGGAUACGCCCUGGCCAAGAUCGCGCGAGAUCAAGAUAGAUUGCAACCGGUUACAAGCCAGGCCCUCCCGGUGGGUGCAGCAUUAGCUCGUAGAGGUAUCCAAGCUACAACAACAUGCAAGCGUUGUAACGCCAUUGAGAGUGAAAUCCACACCUUUUUUCACUGCCCCUUUGCGAAAAAAGUCUGGGAUCUCCUUCCGGCAUUACACAAACCGUGCAACACUACCUCUACAAUUUUGAGCCUCAUGGAGAACGGUAAAAGGAUGAUCUCCCUCCCACCAACAGGUAUCUCGAAGCCUCUGUUUCCUUGGAUAUUAUGGAACUUAUGGACAAGUAGAAAUCAUCUCCUGUUUGAAGAUAGAAAGUUCUCUGAAGAAGAAGUCCUAAACAAGGCUAUUAGGGACGCCAAAGAAUGGUGCCAGGCGCAGCCAUGCGUGGGGAAACAGCCACCCGUCCGACCAUCAGUGAAACCUAGCGGUACUUCACCCUCCACUCUAGACUGCUAUACAGAUGGGGCCUGGGAUUCGACAUCAAAAACAGGUGGAAUGGGCUGGAUCUUCAAAGAUCGUUCAGGUACGGUUAGUCUCCAAGGUGCAAGUGCAAAGAGAUAUGUUGGGUCCGCUUUAAUGGCGGAGGCUCUAGCUCUGAAAGCUGCACUAGAAGCGGCAAACCAACAGGGUCUUAUCGACCUGAGGUGUUUCUCCGACUCUCGUAGUCUAGUCUCUCUGCUCACAACGGACUCGUCCACAGUUGAGCUCCAAGGGAUCCUCCACGACAUCCGCGUGUUGAGUAGUUCUCUUACAUCUAUCUCCUUUUGUUUUAUUGGCCGGUCGGAGAAUGUUUUGGCCGACGGAACCUUUGGUGCCUUUGUCAAUCUCGACGAAGUAGAUGCUGAGAAUAACGACGAAGAAGGCUAG